ACGUCACCCAGCACCGGUCUCAGCCGUGGAAGUAAUCUAGCAGUCGGCUGUCGUCAGGAGGUGCUGUCGCUGCACAGUGUGAAUCGCGAGUUGUUGCUUUAAUCUGCCAUAAUGUCGGGCGUCAGCAAAGCCAAGAAACUGACCCGCGAGGACGAGCUCCUGCAGCAGUUCAGUAACAAUGUAACUGCCCGGAAUUCGGCGACGUUUUAUGGGAAUGCAGCGAUCGUCGCUAUUCUUCCCAUCUGGCUUUUCUACAGAAUUCAGCAGUUGGACCUAGUGUCCAAUGCAAUCCUCUUCACUGCAGUGAGCGCCGUCUCGACGUACCUCUUGGCCAUGGCUUACGCUCGUGUUCAAUUCGUCACCAAGCACAAGUUGGCCCAAAAGCGCGAACAAGCGAUAAACCGCGAGGUCGCCCUCGAAUUCGGGGACCGUAAGGUUUCGAGAGAUGAACGCGACGAGCGGGUCCUCUGCCGCAAGAAUGAAGUUGCUCAGUACGAAGCAACGCAUUAUAGCAUCUUCUACAACAAUUCUGUGUUCCUCAGUUUGGUUGUCUUCUUGGGUUUCUACCUCUUCCGCUCACUCGCGCCCGGGCUCAACUACAUCCUCUCUGUCGGAGGUUCAGCUGGACUCGUUGCGUUCCUGUCGACAGGGAAGUAGAGCAGAGGGACUAGGGUCGAUGAAAAACAAAGGCUCCAAGAAUGGUUGACUUAAUUCGAUGGAGUCUACCGAUCCGAGGUCAAGCAUCGAUGCAAACUGAGAGCCAGGGACCGCAGACUAAGAAGAAGAAUGGAAGAGUCGCGGAAGACAUGUGCGAAUGGGUGUAAAAUUUCAGAUGUGAUGAUCAGGGAGAUAGUUUAGAGGGUGAACACAUUCGGAUACGCUGGCAAAAAAGAAACACCACGCCCCCUCUUGACGAUUCCUCGGUGCGACCAGAGAACAUGGAAUAUUUAUGAGUGGAUAGGAGACAAAGCGGAGGUGUCUUUUUGGAAAUGUGAAUAAAACGAACAGUUUUUCUA